UUCGAAUGCAGUUAUAUUUGCGAUCAUUCAAAAGUAAAAUGUCGUUGCAGACAGUCAAAUUUAUAUCACCGAUACUGCAGGCGCAAAGGUUUUUGUCGUUAAAUGUUCGAUAUACACAAACUUCUACAAACACAACUUCUACGUAUAUGUCGGAUGUAAGUACAGUCCCCACAAAAGAGGAAACAAAACAACAUACGGCUAGCGUACAAAAGGAAAUUGAUCAUCAUGCAAGCUUAUCUUCAACCUGGUGGGAUCUAAAUGGUCCCAUGCACGGAUUGCACAAAAUGAACGAGACAAGAGUGCCUUUCGUGCGUGACGGUUUGGUGGCCCAUGAUAACAUGAUCGACAAGAGUUUAAUUAAUACAAGCAUGAUUUUGCAAGAUAAGGUUGUAUUGGAAGUGGGUUGCGGUGGUGGCAUAUUGACUGAAGCACUGGCACGCUUGGGUGCCAAUUUAACGGGCAUUGACCUGGGCGCAGACGUCAUAACAACAGCACGAAAACAUUUAGAGCAACAUUGUCCGGAACUAAGCGAUCGCAUAACUUACAAAAUCGAACCAAUAGAGGUGCACGCCAAAUUAAAUCGGAAUCAUUACGAUGCUGUAAUAUGCUCGGAGGUUUUAGAACAUAUUGACGACAAGGAGGAAUUUCUUACACAUUGUAUCGAGGCCUUAAAGCCGGGGGGCUCAAUAUUCAUAACCACUUUAAAUAAAAAUAUUCCCCAUUGGAUUUUUGGCGUUGUCCUUGCUGAGUAUGUAAUCGGCGUCACACCGAAAAACACGCAUCAUUGGCAUAAAUUGAUAUCACUUAAGGAUGUGCAACGUAUACUCUCUGCUCUGAACUGUAAAACCAUUCUGGUAAAAGGCUUUACGUAUAAUGUUUUUCGUAAACGCUUCCAGUGGAUCAACAGUACUAUGAUGAGUUACGCUAUUCAAGCGAUUAAAAUUCAAUGA